UUUUUUAGUUUACUAAAAUUAUAGCUUUACACUUUUCACGGAAGGGGCAAUGAGGCUCAUAUUUUACCAUCAGGCGGUCACCUUUAGGCCAGCGUAAAAGAAGAAAUGUUCUCAUCUAUCACAGGGUUCGCUAUCCAGCUAGCUAGAUAGCUAGCAUAUCUGCUUAGCAAACGGUAGUCAAGUUAGAAGGUUAACUUUUGAAUAGUUUGCUAUAAAUACUAAAAUAGCCUAGGUGUAUUCAGCUUAAUUAGAUGGUGAGGUAGGUAAGUAACUUCCUAACUUACGGCUAUCUUAGUGGUAGUUUUGAUAAUUCCGCACUGUUCUGGAAAAUGUUUGUUAUGAUAACUAGCCAUUCUUCGACACACUGCUAGCAAGCUGACAAGUUAUUUUAGACAACUGUGCAUUUUGUAUGUUUUUCCAUUACCCGUUACGGGUUUGUUUGGUGUGCGCUUGCUUACUUAGUCUAUCUAGUCUUUGGAAAUGUCUCCCAUGUGAAGUGUUAUGCUAAAGCUACAACUUGUGGUCGUGUGCUAUUUUGUCUUAUUUUUCCUUGAAUGUUAUUUUAAUCGGGCAAGGCAAAUUCUGACCCUGCGAUUUAGCAAUGCUAUUUGGCUAGCUACUUAGCCAGGUGAUGGUAAACAACUAACCGACAUGCCUCUUCUUAGUUUACCUGGACAUGUUUUACUUUUGUUUUUCCAAGUUAACUUGAUAUGUAUCUGAGAUACAAGAACGUUAUAUCUUAAACUAGAAAAACAUUGCAAACUCUUGCCAACAAUUUCGCUUGGUUUGGUUAACAUUAGAGUUGGCGAGCUCUGCCAUUGUUUACAUGCAACCACCAUCACUUAGCUUGCUAACGUUAGCUGUUGAUGUUGGAUUAGCUUGCUAUCCUGAUUAUAGAUAGGGAUUUGUUUAUCUGAUGCAUUGCUGAAAUCAUGUGAAAAUAUGGUUGAGUAUUUGUGUCACUAUAUCCCUAUUUAGCUAGACUCCACAGCAGAGUGCUUGUACAAACCCCAGCAGGUCAUAUAAACUUCAGUAAAUCAAAUAAGUUAGUAUGUUUGUUGGGGGUAAGAUGCAGGGGGUCCCUUUGUCUUAUUAGUUCGUGGUCUUUCAAGUUUUUAAGAUCAUGUGAGCGUGUUUGUUAAUGCUUUGAACAAGAUUCCGUGAACUACCUUCUAAAUUUAUGUGGGAUCUGAUCAUUAAUUUCUGGAAACGUUGUGUGAUGUCUCAUUGUUAAUCUAAUGGGUCUUGGACUUUAUUCUCAACAUUUUAGAUGCUUUUAGGUCACAUUUGUUAAGGAUUUAAAAAAGAAAAAUGGAUAAACACAUAAGAACAAUCAAGCAUGGACCAUAUAAUGAAGGAACAUGGUAUCAAGUUUCCGAGUUUCCGAGCUACAAGUGUUGUUGGGCUUUGCUGGACAGAACAAAAGUGGUCGCAAGCACGAACUUCUGCUGAGGGCCUUGCACAUGCUUAAGAGUGGAUGCAGCCCGGCAGUGCAGAUCAAAGUCAAAGAUCUUUACAGACGACGCUAUUCAAGGGCAAUUGAUAGUCUUCCUAAUUUGGCAGCCUUCAAGGCAAACCUGCAGAGCUACUUUCAGGCAGAGGCUGAGACGGCAGUUGUUGCCACUGACCUGUCUGGUUCUGGGCACUCGGACUUGGAGCAUCUCAGCCCAGAUUCCUCUCUCUUUCCGGAAGCGAAACCAACGAUAAAUAUGCAGCAGGGCACGCCACUCAUGCCUCCUGUGCAUCCUGAUGUGCAGAUGAAGUCACUUCCGUUCUAUGAUGUGCUGGAUGUCCUGAUCAAGCCCUCUAGUUUGGGCCCAUGUACUGCUCAGAGGUUUCAUCAAGAGAAGUACUUCAUCUUUGCCUUGACUCCGCAGCAAGUGAGAGAAGUUUGCAUAUCCCGGGAUUUCCUUCCUGGUGGCAGAAGAGACUAUAUGGUCCAAAUUCAGUUGAGGUUUUGCCUUUCGGAGACCAGCUGUCCUCAAGAGGAUAAUUAUCCAAACAGCCUAUGUAUCAAAGUCAACGGAAAGCUCUUCCCACUACCUGGGUUUGCACCACCCCCUAAAAAUGGAGUGGAACAGAAAAGACCAGGGAGGCCUUUGAACAUAACAUCACUCGUCAGACUGUCUUCUGCCGUACCCAAUCAGAUUUCUGUCACAUGGGCACCAGAAAUUGGAAAGACAUACUCCAUGUCGGUGUACCUUGUGAGGCAGUUGACCUCUCCGUUGCUGUUACAGAGGCUGAAAAUGAAGGGGAUACGGAACCCUGACCAUUCACGAGCAUUGAUUAAAGAGAAGCUCACUGCAGAUCCCGAUAGUGAAGUUGCCACAACCAGUUUACGAGUCUCCCUUAUGUGCCCACUUGGGAAGAUGCGCCUCACCGUGCCAUGUCGAGCCGUCACCUGCUCCCACCUGCAAUGUUUCGACGCGGCGCUUUACCUGCAGAUGAACGAGAAGAAGCCCACCUGGAUCUGCCCAGUGUGUGACAAGAAGGCCACUUACGAGAGCCUCAUUAUAGAUGGGCUGUUUAUGGAGAUCUUAAACGAUUGUACGGAUGUGGAUGAAAUAAAGUUCCAAGAGGAUGGGACGUGGUGUCCCAUGAGACCAAAGAAGGAGGCGCUAAAAGUGUCGUCACCAUCCAUCCCCAAAGUUGAAAGUUCUGCACCUGUGCGGCAGUGUGCCGUGAUACCUCACGCCGAGGUGAGCAGCUCCAAGAAAGCUGAUGUGAUUGACCUGACCCUGGACAGCUCCUCGGAGGACGAACAGGAUGUGGAGCCUCCCCACAAAAGACGCUGUGUGUACAUGUCCAAACCGGAGGACAUGCAUGGAAAGGGGGUGUUGGCCUAUCAGCCCCCAGCUGUGCGGGUGCCAAAUGUGCAGGGUCUGGACCCAACUUACCUGGCGUCCUCCUUGGCAGACUAUGCAGUACCAUACCAUCACUCAGCCCUGUCCACUAUUCCUGCAGAUAUGCAAGGUCUGGAUUUGUUUUCUUUAAUUCAAGGAGACCCACAGCAUUAUCGGGCGCCCAUGUUCCUGGACAACCUGUCCAGCAGCCUCCAGAGUGCCACCACCAGCGGGAGCCUGGUGUCGUCCUCGAGUCAGUACGAGACGGUCGCCACCACGCACAGCACCAGCUCCAGCCACGAGACGGGCGUCAUCACAGGGGGAACGGCCACCAGCAUCUCCGACAUAAUAUCACUAGACUAAAGUUCACUCAAAGCCACCGCCUUCCUGCUCUCCACUAGCCUGGAGCAGAAGGGCCACUCUAAAGGACCUCCCCCAACCAACCCAAGCCCUGGGACUAUGAGGCCCUAGAACUGAUUAUAGGGCUGUCACUCACUCGCACCAGCCAAGGGUUAUUCAUGAUUAUGACAACGAUGAUGUAACGAGGACUUUUUUUUUGUGCGUUGCCUUUUUGAUGGGACAGGUGGAACUCACAAGCUUUGAGUGCAAGGACGAUGGAUGCUGGACACGUCGCGACCGUGCUCAAUGCACACGCAGCUCCGUGAAUGUUCAGUGAAGGCUUUCUUCGGCAGCUGAUUUCUGUUUUAUUUUAUGUUACCUAGUUCUCUACAAUUCAUGCAGUGAAACGUUAUCUCAUUCUUUCGGUUCUACUUUAGUUCCAGCAAUAAAAUGUCUCGUCAUUUAAAUAUUGUACAUUUACGUAUGAACUGUUGAUGGUCCAGAUUGUGCCCUGGUGUAUUGCAUCAAUUCAGCUGUUUUUAAUAGUUUGUUCCUGGGUUUAUUUUAUAUGUGGACAUGUGAAAAGAACUUUGUAAUACAUCACAUGCUAUCUUCUAUUUCACCAAGAGACUUAAAGGGCCAACGUUGCUUCCCUUUUGAAGCUAUUCAAAUAAUUUAAAUGUAAUAACCUUGUUUCCACACUACAUUUGGGAACUGCCCUCUGCUGACCCAAGCAGUAUAGUGUACUUGAUGGCAUACUAAGAGAAUACUUGACAAGUGAUGUUUCCAUAGAUUCUUAUGUUUUGUGGUGCUCACUUGCACCAUCACAAUGUCAAGAGCACUAUUAAAUUGGGAUAUUUGUAAUAACAUUGUAUGUACCUUUUCCCAGCAAGCAUAAUGAUAUUGAAAGGGAUUCAGUCUGUCGUAAUCCGCAAAAAGCAAGAACAGAACGACCUGUAGUCACAUGGUUAUUGUAUUUGUAGACUUGUCAUUCUUGCUGCAUCACUGACAUGUGAGCGCCACAUGAACUGUUACGGCUCUUACAAACAGUUGCAGUGCUGGAGACGCAUCCCAUCCGUUUCUCCCGUCGCUCGCGUUGAGAAGUUCAGCUGUUGCUGCACCGACAGACUGCACCGGCCAAUCAAGCCAAUCGACUGACGGCACCAGCCAAUCAAAUUACUGUUAUACUUCAAGUCAUUUGCAUAGCUACCGUUGGGAACACCCACUGGCAUGCGUUGACGGAACGCAACUGUGUGUAGGAGCGGUUACAGAUUUGACAUGGUGCCACAUUAAAAGAAAGAAAUCCAAAAUGUCUUACUGGAUAUGAGCCAUACAUUUAAUUACAAGUGAAAGCAUGUCUACAUUUGGUUGUGUCAAAUAUGAAUAUUGAUACUCAAGCCCUCCUUUAUAACUAUUUAGUCUUUUUAACCAUUGAGACUAAGGUUUCAUUUAACAAAAAUUGUCCUUAAAAAUUAAAUGCCCUCAUGUUUUUAUUAUGACCUGUCUGUAACAGAUUGUGUAUCAGAAACAGUUCCGUAAAACAAGCCGUCACAAGCCUGGUCAACUUGUGGAAUUUACAUCAAGGUUUCUUUUGUGCUUUCGAUCUUAACAAACUGCUACAAGAAGCAAUUGUGUAGUUGAAAUGCCAUCUAGCCAAACUAAGCAUGGAAGCCAUGUUAUCAUUUAGAAUUAUGAAUUGGCCAUGGAACACAAAAUAUGGUGCUAAGUUUUAUUUGCUGUUGAUAUUACAAUACUUAACACUGUCCUUUUUUCUUUCUUUAAUUUUUUGUUUCAUACUGUAAACGUUCACCCGUACACUUCUGUAUUAUUUUUCUGUAUUUUCUUUUAUUAUUUUACAUGUAAUAAGCAAGAUCUACAUUGGCCAGAUGUAUUCUGGACUGUCAUGGUGAUUACAGUUUGUCCAGAAAGUUGUCAAGAGCUGGGAUUCCUUCCUUAAGGCCCUUGCGUUUACGUGUCUCAACCACAACCUGGCAUGGCUUGCUGGCGGCGUCAUAGGGAUCACCUGGGAGAAUCUGCCAGUGGUCAAAGACACAUUGGGGAAAGGCUUGGCCACCUGUGUUGGACCUCAGGUCUGCUGUGAACCCUGGUGGAAAAUAAAUAUUUAUAUGUAACAUA